AUGAUCUCGUAUCAUUAUCACUGUCCAACUAUUCUGGAUCACAGGUCAUUUAAACUACAGUUAGUUCCCUACAAUACUUAUUAAAUAUGUGUCAUGACUCACCUGACAGUUGAUCAAAGGACCCAUCAGCUUGGCAAAUGUUUGAAGAUAGACAGAACAGAAUAGAGGAAGGGGGGGGCUGUGCCGGUCUUGACACCUUAACAGUGGUUCGUAAAUUUAAGCAUGAGAGAACUCUCUCCCUGGCUCUCUAGUAUUGAGAAAAUAAUGCCUUUGUCUAGGGAGAGAGUUUGCCGCCAAUACCUUUUUCCCUAAAAAGUGAACAUUGGAACAUUUAUUUCUAUCAUCCGAAUGUUUAGAAGGGUCAGUGGGGACCUAAGGAAUAAUCAUGUCAUAUUGUUUAUUAUUUUGUGAUGUCAUUAAGGAUGGUAUAACGAAAUAACUGUUAUCGAUAUAUGACAUAUAUAUAUUUUAGAGUUAAAUUCGGGAGAUGCUAACUCUAUAAACAACUUUUUCCGUGGUGCCCCAAAUUCCUAAUGAGUUAAUUGUUACAUGAUUAAUUUAAUCGGGUAACAAUUAAACAUGGUAAGUUGUUCGAUAAAUAACAGUCAUCACAUUAAUGAAAGUCACGUCACGACAUAUGAAAGUUUAACAAUUUGCAUGAAUAUGUAUCCAAAUGAUUAUCAAUGUACUAUCAACACCUGCAUUAAACCACAUUAACUAACAGACCUCUGUUCAGAGAGAGAGGGGGGGAGGGGGAGAGAGAGAGAGAGAGAGAGUUUAGAGGGAGAGAGAGAGAGAGAGAGAGGUUAGAGGGGGAGAGAGAGAGAGAGAGAGAACAUUUGAUCAUCUCCUCUUCCUCUCCUCCUCUUCCUCCUCUUCCUCUUCUCUUCCUCCUCUUCCUCUUCUUCAUCCUCUCCUCCUCUUCCUCCUCUCCUCCUCUUCCUCCUCCCGGGGUUGGGUCUAGGUACCAGAGUUGUCCAGACUCCUGCUACCUUGGUAACGACCCCAAGAGACUCCGCUGAUCUCAACUGUUCUCACAGUAUAAAAUACUAUGAUGUUAUCCAAUGGGGCAGACAGUCUCAUUCUCAGGACCGACAGCUACAACUGCUGGGGUACCUUUACACAACCCACCAAACCCCAGAAUCCAGUUUCAAGGACCAAUUUAAAUUGAGAGGAACCACAGAAGAGUAUUGUGAUUCAAGCAUUUCCAACCUGACACAAGAGGACAGUGCAGUGUAUUUCUGUGCUGCCAGAGAGCACAGGGCAGCAUAUCCUAUCUCAGACCUACAAAACCCACAUCUCAAAUACACAGUCACACCUCACACCUUCACUACAGUGUUCUGA